UGUCUCACAGCCGUCAGUGUGUUCAGAGUUCAGCAGAGCAGGAAGAACAGGCAGCAUGAGCUUCAGCGUGGAGGAGAGAGGCAGAGAAAACACGGCCAGCUACAGACUUUACUUCAGAAACGCUGAGGAGAAAUACAUAUCUCCAUUCCAUGACAUUCCCAUCUACGCAGACGAGGCCGAGAACAUCUUCAAUGCUGUCAUCGAGGUUCCUAGAUGGACAAAUGCAAAGAUGGAGAUCGCGACUAAAGAUCCUCUCAAUCCCCUGAAGCAGGACCUGAAGAAAGGGAACCUGCGUUUCGUCAGCAAUGUCUUUCCUCAUAAGGGCUACAUCUGGAACUACGGAGCCAUUCCUCAGACGUGGGAGGAUCCGGGCCACAGGGAUGAAGACACGGGAUGCUGCGGUGAUAACGAUCCCAUCGACAUCUGUGACAUCGGGAAUCAGGUCUGCUCUCGAGGAGAAGUCAUCCGUGUGAAGGUGUUGGGGACUCUGGCUCUGAUCGACGAAGGAGAAACCGACUGGAAAGUGAUGGUCAUAAACGUGGAGGACCCCGAGGCUGAAGACUUCAACGAUAUCGAGGACGUCCGCAGACUGAAGCCUGGGCUCCUGGAGGCCACACUCGACUGGUUCCGGAUGUACAAAGUCCCAGACGGGAAGCCAGAAAACCAGUUUGCCUUCAGUGGUGAAUUUAAGAACAGGGAUUUCGCCAUUAAAACGAUUAAGGACACUCAUAGUUUCUGGAAAGCUCUGAUCUCCAAGAAAACAGACGCUGGAGAACUCAACUGUGUGAACACCUGCGUGUCUGACAGUCCCUUCUGUCGCUCCGCCGGUGAAGCCAGAGCCGUCCUGGAUUCAGCUCCUCCGUACAGUGCUGCGGAGCCGACUCCGAGCUCAGCUGAUAAAUGGUUCUUUUACAAACAGACAUAGAGAACGAUCAUCAGCGCUGAUGGGAAGAAUAAACGUCCGGAAAACAGUUUUAUUACACGCAUCCAUCAUCAAGAACAGCAGACUCACGGAUGUCAUGAUUCUGUCAUAUACUGUAGUUACUGAUAAACACUGUGUAGUUUGAUUCAUAAAGGCCUAAACAAAGUUUGGACGAUAGGUAGGCGAUGCAAAAUACUGUAUGAACAUAUAAAGCCUUUCAAGAAUAAAGCAAUGUGACUUUAUAAAUACACAUCUGUGGUUGUCAAGAGCUGUUUUACUGGAAUACAGUGCAUAUUUAUAUUAUGCAUAAUUGCUAUGUCUAUUUCUGCAACUGUUUGUUAAAGGAACAUCUAAUUGUAGCACAUUUAAUUAAUUUGGCUGGCUUUAAUCACUAUAAUUGCUCGGAAACACUUGAUUGUGGUUCUACAGGUAAGAGCUAAUAAUGUCAUGAUGCCCCGUCGCCAUGGAGACCAGCAUCACUGCAGCAUCAGCUGUUUCUCUGCGUUUGAUUGACAAGCAGAUGUGAACUGAUGUUUACGGGGAAAUAAUUACACACAGACCUAUGAGGAUCAUGAGAAUGAUGCAUGUGAGUAAUCUUCCGCUAACUGGAGAAAUUUCCUGAACCUGUACACAAAAAAG